AUGUCACGGAAAUUAUGCACACUAAAUUUUACUCUUAGCGGAAAGCAGGGAAGUUUGGUCAUUAGGGAUAUCCAACUUUGGAGCAAUCGACCUACAGCAAGUAAAUCAACUUCAGAGUUGAGGGGACAAUUCAUUCAGUAUGUAGAUCUCGCAAAACUGCCUUUGUGGGUCCGCUCCACAAAUAUGAAUACAUAUAGAUGUUAUAGUACCAGUGCAACCGCACAGGCUUACUUCAAAUCAAAACUAAGGAACGCGAAUCGUGGCAUUGUCAUUGAAUUGUUUGACAAGGUCGAUCAGCGAUCGCAGGAGCCAGCAUACUUGAUUAUAUUUCGAGAGAACACAGAGUUAAACUGCUUUCAAGUGGAUCUAACAAUGAAGCAUGAGUUUGAUGGCCAGGUCACCAAAUUGAAGCAAGAUAUUGGAAAGACAAGGGCCUCCGUAUCAAAGGAAGGUAGUAUUGAUAUAAUAAUACAACAAUCUCAACAAAGGAAGAUCGGAACGAAAACGGAAGUGUAUCGCAACGUGCAUAUUAAUGACAAACGGCUUCAAUUCAAUGAAACUUUGUCCAAGCUAAUUUUGGGUGGCCUCCGACUUCGAGGUAUUUCUAAUUCUAUUACAGACUAUCAAAAGUUAUACAAGAUAACGUUUGAUGCAGCUGAAUUUACGCACAGGGAUGAAUUAAAACGCAUUUCGAUGGGAUCUGGUGAAGAGGUUUCGUUUGAAUCAUUGCAGGAAACUGUGGAAACUCUUCUGAAGCUCUUUACCAAAUCAUGA